CGGUUUGAAAGACAGAGACUGGACAGCUGUGUUUGCUGUGGUAUUUUUAAACGCAUUAAUGCAGGCUCCAAUCACCCGGCCAUGCUUGACCUAUUUUUGGCUCAGGCCGGCCAUUGUUCUAUUUCUGCCGCCGCUGGGCCACGCGGGUGUCGAUUCAAAUGCAAAUGAGUUAUCGCUGCUGCUCCCGCCAACUUCGCCCAGCCGCCCGGCCAGGGGAGAGAGGAGAGGGGCGCGGGGACAGCGACUCUGGUCCGGGCUGGGAUGGGGUUUCUGGACGCGAACAGCUCUUGGCUCAGCAAAGAAUGCACAGUAUGAUCAGCUCAGUGGAUGUAAAGUCGGAGGUUCCCGUGGGAUUAGAGCCUAUCUCACCAUUAGACUUGCGAACUGAUCUCAGGAUGAUGGUUCCCAUGGUGGACCCAAUUAUGCGUGAAAAGCAACUACAGCAGGAACUACUUCUGAUCCAGCAGCAGCAGCAAAUUCAGAAACAACUGCUGAUUGCAGAGUUUCAGAAACAGCAUGAAAACCUGACCCGCCAGCAUCAGGCCCAGCUCCAGGAGCACAUAAAGUUACAACAGGAACUCCUAGCCAUUAAACAACAGCAAGAACUCCUUGAAAAAGAGCAGAAACUGGAGCAGCAGAGACAAGAGCAGGAACUGGAGAGGCAUCGCAGGGAACAGCAGCUUCCUCCUCUCCGAAGCAAAGAAAGAGGCCGAGAAAGGGCAGUGGCCAGUACAGAAGUGAAGCAGAAACUUCAAGAGUUCCUGUUGAGUAAAUCAGCAACAAAAGACUCCCCAGCAAAUGGGAAGAAUCAUUCCAUGAGCCGCCAUCCCAAGCUCUGGUACACGGCUGCCCACCAUACCUCACUGGAUCAAAGCUCUCCACCCCUGAGCGGGGCCUCGCCACCGUACAAGUACACUUUACCAGGAGCACAGGAUGCCAAGGAUGAUUUUCCACUUCGUAAAACGGCUUCAGAGCCUAAUUUGAAGGUACGUUCAAGGUUAAAACAAAAGGUGACAGAAAGGAGAAGCAGUCCUUUACUCAGGAGGAAGGAUGGAAAUAUCAGUUCAUUCAAGAAGAGACUCUUUGAGGUGACAGAAUCCUCAGUCAGUAGCAGCUCACCUGGAUCAGGUCCCAGUUCCCCAAGCAAUGGUCCGACCAGCAGUAUAACAGAAAAUGAAACCUCAGUUUUGCCAUCUAACAUUCAAGCUGAGCAUCUGGUUUCACAGCAGCGCCUUCUGAUACAGGAUGAAUCGGUGAACUUGUUGAGUCUGUACACAUCCCCUUCUCUGCCCAACAUUACCUUGGGACUUCCAGCAGUACAACCUCAAAUCAGUGCUUCAUCAUCGUUCAAAGAAAAGCAGAAGGGGGAGACCCAGUCGCUCAGACAAGGAGUGGCCUUGGCUGGACAGUAUGGGGGGAACAUUCCUCCGUCCUCAACUCAUCCUCACAUUGCUUUGGAGGGAAAGCCAAAUAGCAGCCACCAAGCUCUCUUGCAGCAUCUGUUACUGAAAGAACAAAUGAGACAGCAAAAACUUCUUGUGACUGGAGCGGUUCCCCUUCAUCCACAGUCUCCUUUAGCAGCGAAGGAAAGAGUUUCACCUGGCAUAAGAGCUGCCCACAAACUGCCUCGUCACAGGCCACUGAACCGAACCCAGUCAGCUCCUCUUCCUCAGAGUACUUUAGCCCAGCUGGUAAUCCAGCAGCAACAUCAGCAGUUUUUGGAGAAGCAGAAACAGUACCAGCAGCAGAUCCACAUGAAUAAGAUGCUCUCUAAGUCCAUUGAACAGCUCAAGCAGCCUGGCAGUCACCUGGAGGAAGCUGAAGAAGAGCUUCACGGAGAUCCCUCGAUGCAGGACGAGCGAGCUCCUGCCAGCAGUGCCAGCGUUAGGGCUGAGAGCAGCAGUGCUGGUGUGGAUGACAGAAUAGGACAGCAGGUGGGGGCUGUGAAAGUCAAAGAGGAGCCACCGGACAGUGAUGAGGAUGUUCAAACCCAGCAAAUGGAAUCUGGGGAGCAAGCUGCUUUUAUGCAACAGGACUUCCUGGCACAUCGGCGUGUCCACCAGUUGCAAAUCUACCAGGCUCAGAUGGCUACAGUUGGCAUGGCGGGAUUAGAUAAACAUCGGGCGGUGUCCAGGACCCCGUCUUCCCCCACUGAUUCUACAUUACCUCACCCAGACAUGGACCAGCCCAGCCAGCAUGUCUACACGACUGGUGUUGUGUAUGACAGUCUGAUGCUGAAGCACCAGUGUAUGUGUGGCAACUAUGCUAAUCACCCUGAACAUGCUGGAAGGAUCCAAAGCAUCUGGUCAAGGCUGCAAGAAACCGGGUUGCUCAACAAGUGCGAGCGAAUUCGAGGUCGAAAAGCCAGUCUGGAGGAAAUACAGCUGGUUCACUCUGAACAUCAUUCACUGCUGUAUGGCACCAGCCCCCUGAACAGACAGAAGCUGGACCCCAGGAAACUCCUAGGAAACGUGUCUCAAAAACUCUUUUCCUUGUUGCCUUGUGGGGGACUUGGGGUGGACAGUGACACCGUUUGGAACGAGCUGCACUCGGCCGGGGCGGCACGCAUGGCGGUGGGCUGUGUCAUCGAGCUGGCGGCCCGCGUCGCCUCCCGGGAGCUGAAGAAUGGCUUUGCUGUUGUAAGGCCCCCAGGCCAUCAUGCUGAAGAAUCAACAGCCAUGGGGUUCUGCUUUUUUAAUUCGAUUGCAAUUACUGCCAAAUACUUGAGAGACAAGCUAAAUAUAGGCAAGAUAUUGAUUGUAGAUCUGGAUGUUCACCAUGGCAACGGUACACAGCAGGCUUUUUAUGCUGACCCCAGCAUCCUGUAUGUUUCCCUCCAUCGCUAUGAUGAAGGCAACUUCUUCCCCGGCAGUGGAGCCCCAAAUGAGGUUGGAAGUGGCCCUGGUGAAGGGUAUAACAUAAAUAUUGCUUGGACAGGUGGCUUGGAUCCUCCUAUGGGCGAUGUUGAGUAUCUCACAGCAUUCAGGACUGUGAUUAUGCCAGCUGCCAAUGAGUUUGAUCCAGAGAUUGUCCUGGUGUCUGCAGGAUUUGAUGCUGUGGAAGGCCACGACCCUCCGCUGGGCGGGUACAAAGUCACAGCUAAAUGUUUUGGUCACCUAACCAAGCAAUUGCUGAAGCUAGCGGAUGGCCGUGUUGUGCUGGCACUGGAGGGAGGACAUGACCUUACUGCCAUCUGUGAUGCAUCUGAAGCCUGUAUAAACGCCCUUUUAGGAAAUGAGCUGGAGCCUCUCCCGGAAGAUAUUGUGCACCAAAUCCCCAAUAUGAAUGCAAUAGCCUCUUUAAAAAAGACCACUGAAAUUCAAAGCAAGUACUGGAAGUCAGUGGAGCCAUACUCUGUGCCAGUGGAUUGUGCUCUGGCUGAGUCUCAGAAACGAGAGAGGGAGGAGACAGAAACUGUAUCUGCUAUGGCCUCUCUUUCAGUGGAUGUUGAGCAGUGUAUCCCUCAGGAAGGCAGCAGAGCUGCUGGCGAGCCCAUGGAAGAAGAGCCAGCCUUGUGAAGUGCCAAGUCCUCCCUGAUAUUUCCUGUGGGUGACAUCAUUGUGUAUCCCCCCAAAGCACCCUCAGACAUGUCUUGUCUGCUGCUUGGGUGGCACAGAUCAGAUGGAACGUAAACACUGGGCACAAAACUGAAUAGCAGCUUCACUUGUUCUUUGGAUGGACUUAAAAGGGCCCUAAAGAUUCCUUAAAUGUAACCGCUACAAUUCUAGAGUUACAGUAAAACGGGCGUGAUAGAAAGAGCCUAGAGCAUGCUUUUUAUAUGCUGUUUGACCCACUCACCAACAUGAAUUGUGAAAUAGAGUAUUACAAAAUUCUACAUGAUAGAUUAUAGAUAUGAGAAUUGCAACAGCCAGCAAAAUACUCGGUAUACUCCAUGAAUCACUUUCUGACACUUUUUACUGGGUAAUUUUUUUUCAUACUGUGUUAAAUUGUUAAUAGAAUUUGUUUUCUCUGCUCUGUGUAAUGAAAAAAGAAAAAAAAACCCACCACCUUUAUUUUACGUGCCAUAUUUUAACCCCCUGUAAUGAGUUCUUAGCUGAAUAAGUGAAACGUGUGUAAAUUGCAAUGAGGGAUUUUAGCUAAAGGGAAAGCACUUCUUAUUGUACUAUAAAUCCCCCGAAGUUCUGUGCUUGGUGGUGCUUUAUUUUAUUUUCCCUUUUCCCGGCCAUCCCUCCCCAUUUCACAUAACCUUUUCUGUCAUAAAAACACAUUCACGGUUCUCUAAAACGAGCGAUCUUCUGCCUUUAAAAAAGAGUGCUGUACCCUCCGUAGCUGACAGUAGCUCUCACCAUAUGUGCAGCAGAGAUCAAGUAGUCUCUGAAAAAUGGAUGGCUUUUCAAAUGUGUUUUUAGUUUGUUCUGAAGUGUUUCUGUGUCCUGGCUCUAAGAGCGGCAAUCUUCAGUAACUGCGUACAGCUCAUUUGGAGCUCAGGUGUUUUUGUGGAGGUUGUGUUGGGGGUGUUUUUUACAGGUCGUCAUGUGAAUAUGAACUGAUUCUUUUAUGUAGUCCUGCACCAAGAGAACUGAUGUUGCUUAAGAAGCUUCAAAGGGUUUAGGCUUUAUUUUAGAUCCUCAAAGUGCAGCAAGAUCUCCCUGCAAUGUGACUUUAGCUGUUUAAUUCCAUGUUUGAGAACGUAACAUAGAGUUGUGCCUUUAGCUGAUAAUGAACGCUUAAACUGUUACACGUGUUGCCUUACCAUCAGAGAAAGAGAUAGGGCAUGUAUGUAAGACUACUUCAAAUGAACAAAACUCUGCUACAGCAACUUUUAUUUUGUUUACAACUUUCUCACCUAAUGAACCCUGGGAGAUACCUUGAAGUAUUCAACUUGCAGUAUUUGAUGGCUCGCUCGGCUUUUAAAUGCAAGUGAUGUUCGUUGUUAUAUAUUUUCCAAACUCAGAAGAUAUAUUAAAGCCAUAAGUGAAGACUGUCAUGCUUUUUAUUCUGAAAUCUGAAAGGAACCUUAAUUAAAACAAGAUUUUGGGGAAGGCCAUGAUAUGAAAGAUAUGGAACAAUAUGGUUUCAGUUAUAGGCAGACUCAAACCUGUAAAUCAAAGAUGAAAGAUUUCACUCAAAUAGAAUUAUAUAAUUCUCUUUUGUUAUGCAGUCAGACUAUAUCUUUCAUGCAUUUGGGUUUGUUUACGAUUAGCAUUUUAAUUUUAAAGACUUUUAUUACUUAUACAAAAGCUCUCUGCUACAAGUUAGAAAUCUGAGGCAUGCUUUGAAAAGCGAAAUCUAAAAGAGGAAUGUCAUUUCCUAUAAUGUGAAGUAAACUUUUAUUCUGAAAGGCUUACUCUAAAAUAAAUGUAUGCCCCUCAAAAAGUGAAAUAAAAUUCUACCCCCCAUUUACAAGCCAAAAUCAUGCUCAUUUUAGUAAUGCAAAGAGUCCCAGCAGGCUAAAUUAACUCCUGGUGUAAGCCACCUUGCCUGACUUCAGGCUGUUCUGAAGGGGUUGUUCACAUGACUAAAGCAAUCAGGAGUUCAUCCUGCAUUUUCAGCAGACUUGUGAUGGCAAUCUUACUUGCCAUUUACUGCAAUUUUCUUGUGGUCAUCAAAGAAAUUUCCCCUCAAGGAAACCAAGGACCAUAGCUGAUGAGUUGGGUAAUUUGUAGAGCUUUUCACAUUUUGAAAUAAAGGCUGAAAAAUUUUAAUUGAGUAAGAUAAUAGUAAUAGUAAUAGUAAAAUAAUUUUUAAAAUAGCCCCACAAAUGCAAAAUCUGCCUGUGUCCUUAGCUUGCAUGAAAUUGCAUAUGAAUUGCAGCCUGAAAUGUGAGUUACAGACUUUACCAAUUAAGUCUAUAUUCCGGGGUGGAAAUCAGCUAAAGCUGUCCUUUGUAGCUGGAAAUGUUUUUAAAAUGCCAGAAUAAUUUGAAUUAAACCACAUUAUAAACUCACACUUAUGCAUUUUAUAGAGGUACUUCCAGACAGACAUCUAGACAUGCUAUUGGUUAAAGUUAGGAUCAUUCGGAUAAGCAAAUGUGCAAAUAAACUGCACACAGAUUGUGUCCAGAACUCUGUUCUCACUGAACUCAAUAACAAAAUCCUCUUUGAUUUCAAUGGGAGAUGGAUCAGGCCCUGCUUUUUUUUUUUUUUAAGUCCAGAACACCAUUACUUUUUGAUUAUGUCAUUACAAGGCACUGUACAGCCCUCUGGGAAAUGAUUGAAGCUUAUGGUGAAUAUCAACACUUCCUUCAAAGCAGACCUGGGCUUUCUGAGAGGGCAGUUUCACUUGCUGCUGUUUUCUUCUCACAGUAUUUUUUAUUACCAUCAAUAGCUCCCCAUGGAUUGCAGUUAAAAUAUCUCACAGCAAUUUUAGACAUACUUCCAGGGAAAUAUUCACAUAGACACUCUUAAAAAUGCCCAGUUUUAGCUGGAUUCAACAACAAAUUCCAAGAAUUUCAGAAAGUUUCAUGAAUUGUAUGUUUCUCUGUUUCUAAUGUCUAAAUUCAGAGGCUUAGGAGCUGUUUUUGAAGAGAUGUCACAGUCUAAUGUCUCCCAUGAAACACAGCUUAGGCUAGGGAGAUUGACACCUCUGAAAAUUAAGUCCCAGAUAUUUCAAGCUGGCUGCCAAAAUAUCUACAUCUGAGCUUAGGUUACUUCUAGAAGUGAGCUGAAAUGCAUAAAGGAGACGGGGUAAAUGGUAGUUUCUGUGUGUGGUUCGAUGGAGCAGGUGAAGCUGUGGAGGUGUGGGAGAGCCCUUGGAGCCAGGGUGACCAUCUACUGGGUGUUGGUGGCACGGGGUGGCUGCAGGCGGGAGGGAGGGGGUCCCACAGCACCCCACCCCAGGCUACUAUUGCCAUUAGCAGCAAAUCUUUGCCUCGCAGGGGAAGCAUGUGGGAAUUUGCACUCUGCUUCUGGAUCCAGGUGUCCCUAUGCCACCAACUUCCAGCAUGAGAGAUGCCUCAGCAGCAAGUACCACUGACAUGCUUGCUCCAGUUCGUAUUCUUCCCUAGUGUUAGGGACUAAAUAUUAAGCUCAGUGGGGCUUUUCUUGUACUCUUGUAUUUUUCUUGUAUUCUUAGGUCAUGAAAUACUUUUCUUCUAUUCUUAGGUCCUUAAAUUCAUAGUAGCAACUGACUAAAGAGACAUAUGACUCAGGAUAUCAAGAAAAUAAUUAUUUGUAUCCAGCUUAAUUCUUUUACCUGGAUUGGAGUGGGAACAAUGAUGAACAGUAAAUCUCAGAACUGCUAAGACCUAAGAAUGUCUUGCACUUAAUUUUUGGACUCUGCGUGCAGAAAUUCUGUAUGUGCUCAUUUAGCUUUAAUAUAAUCUUCAGCAAUGAAGUGCUUGAUUAUAUGAUGCUUUUUCAGGCAAAAUUCCUAGCGAGUAAUCAAAGUUCAUGGGAACUUUGCCAGUGUAAAGACGACAGAAUUAGUCCCUUUUUUAAUUAUAUACCUUCCUAAUUUUAUUUUCAUUGAAAAUGAAGUAACUAAUUCCAGGCAAUUGAAUCUGAGGAAAAUAGACUCAUUAAGUUAUCUUAAACAAACUUCAUAAAAGAAAAAGAAAAUAUAAGCAGCUGUUAUGCUAACAAAAAUGGCUAUUUCUUUACUUUGCAAAAAAGUCAACAACGUGAUGCCAGCUGAAUGGAAGUGACAAAAUGAAUCCCUCUUCGGAGUACGUGCUAUUUGAGUUGGUGUCUUAUCUAAGUGAAACCUCCCUAAAAAGCUGAGAGUCAUAAUCAGAGAUGAAAUAUUAGAAAGGUUUUGCUGCAGCCAACACCAGAGGUCCUAUAGAGAACAAGAAUGUAGAGACUGACUAAUUUGUGUAGACAGACAGCAGGACACUUCCAGGGCAAUGUGUCUGGGACAAAGAAUGAGAGGGAAGUUUUCCAAAGGCACUGAUGGCUGUGAGGCAACUAACUUCUGUUAGCUUGCAGGGGCAAGGAGGUGCUCAGCAAGCAUUUAUUCUUUGGGAAAUGUCCCCUCCAUCCCACAGGCAUGCCCACAAGCAUGCAGACAUGACUCUCACUGGACAACUUUCUGUCCUAAAGCAGCUGCAGCCAGGUGUGCUGCCCUGACAUAUACGCUGUGUGUUUGCCCAAGAAGUUAUCAGCCCCCAGCAGACACUUCAUAGCUUGAGUGAUAGGGGAAGUUUUUCUAAUAUUAUUUUUUUUUUCCAAUAGUGGCCUUUACAGAAGUGUAGCAGUGCAUGGUUGUUUUAUUUUAAAAGGUCACAAUAGAGCUUUGUGAACCAUUGUACUUUUUUUUUUUUUUUUACAGACUCCAUAUGGAAGUAAAACAGAAUAUGUACAUGGGGGGGAACUUGCUGAGAAAGUAUUUCUCUUAAAUCAAGCUUCUGCUACCUGCUUUUCAUGCUGGAUUUGGAGGAGUUUGGGUUCUUAAUUAUCAUUUAAGCUUUUACUUUGUCAUGUCACUUGCUUUGUCUUUUUACCUAUAGUUUAGUUCACCCUUAUAGCGCAUAGAAAACUACCAAAAAAGUCUUUUUUCUGACAGAUGCCCCUGCCAUUGGUGUGGGAAUGAGAAUAGCUUAUCUUUGCCACUUCUAGCACCAAUUAAAUGCUUCAUUUUUGUGACAGAUCCAAACUGGAGUGGUAUUUUAUGAGUAUGAUUUAGCUGGCUGUCUGCUGAUUGUUAAAAAAAGAAAUUGUGAAACUCGCAUUCCUCUCUAACCUCAAAAGGGACCCAUUUUGAUUUUAACAAUGUAAUAUUUUCACUUGAUCCAAAAGGUUUUUGUCCCAUGACAUCUUGUUACUAGCUCAGUUUUAGUCUCUAGCAAAUAACACACCACAGAGAGUAAAGACCAAAAAGGACAUUCCAACAGCUAUUAAUUAUCUCUCUUCUGCACAGUUCUUCAUCCUGCUCUAGUGCCAUGCUUGGUGAUUCAGCAUAUUAGAAUAGUUUAUAGCAAAAUAUAAAUUGUUCUGUGCCAUCAAAGACACUACUAUUUAGAUGAUAAUUAGCACACCCUGAGUUGUGCUGUAAUUUAUAAGGAAGACAUGCUCCUGGAUGGACGGUCCAAAGAAAAGUGGCACAUGGAAGCAGUGCCACUGGUGCUGUGCAGCGAGGGUGAUUCUGUGCUGAGAUCUCCACACAUUCUUCCCUUCCCGAUGACACUCCUGCAUGGCCAGAGGCACAUUGGCAGUAGCAGAGCUGUAGGAUGCCCUGAUUCAAAGACCACUGAAAUCCCUUCUCUGACAGGCUUUGGGUAAGGUCCAGGAGGCAGCUAGAGAAGAAACCUUAACUUUGCACUCAGCCGCAUACAAACUGUAAAAAAAAAUGCAGAUACAGAUCUGAACUUGGCCACUCAUCCCUGUUUCUGAUAUGAAGUGCCAGUUCUGCUUCUAGAAAAGUCAGACUGAAAAAGCAUUGACAGUGGUGGAUAUAUUCUAAUGGCUUCAGGAGGUUUUAUAUGUCAUGUGUUAUGGGAACAGGUUCUUAUUCAUGUCUCUUGCUUCUUAGUUUACUGCUAUUUUAAAUUUCUUGAUUGGCUUAAUAUUCCAAGUGAGGAUGCAGUAGGAAAGCAUAAAGCAAUACCUGUUGAAGUCAUAACUAAAGCUUUCAAAACAAACUUAUUGCCGUGGGUUUUUACAACACUGACUUUUUGGUCUAGGGAUGCACAGCUGAAAUGUCUAUUUUUUUCUUGGGAAAUUGAUGUUGCUACCUGUUUCUAUGAUAAAAAACAGUCCUUUUGCUCAGAGCACUGAAAGUUUAUCUGUAAUUUGUCUUUCCAGGCAGAUCAGAUUCUAAGGGAUAAAGCGUCAGUGAGAUCGAUCCAAAGGGCAACAUUUUUAAAGGUCAAUAGUAAUAUUUCCAUAAGAGUAAAAGGAACCUGUGGAUUAUUGUUAUUAUUCCUGAUACAUUUUUGUAUCUGAAAGCAUUCAAUGAGUAAUGUUAAGUAAUAUUGUGCUCCAAAACUUUGUUUAUUAUAGAUAUACAAGCAUUGAAUUGGCGUGAAAUAGUCUUCAACCAAGUUGUUAAAAACCCUUUUGUUUUGUGUUUUGUAUAAUUCUUUGGCUAUAGUCUUGUCCUAGUGUGAAUAAAAGCUAUUUGAAGUAAGCUUGUU